UCCAAUCGCAUUUCAGUAAUAAAUUAGUUUCUAGCAAUAAAAUUGUUUUUUAUAGUAAUUAGUCAUAAUAAUACAUAAGCAACGAAUGAGAUUCAAAGAACUGAUACUAAAUUGAAAAUUUAAAUAUGUUUCCGCAUAAUAUGUAAGUCUCAGAUGUAUGCGCGGUACUUACAUGUAAUAAUUUGAACUGAGCAAUCUACGUAAGCCGGCUUAUCGGAGCAAUGCAUUUAGACGAAAAAAUAAUUAUAUGCUGUCUGAUAGGGAUUAUAUAUAUAAUUGUUAAAACAUGUAAAUUACAACAAAAAAACAACAAAAAUUAAAUUCUUCGUUGUGCGUAUUAAGAAUUUCACAACAGUGUUUUGCAAUAAAAAAAAAAGAAGAAGAAAAACGAAAGCAAAAAGAGAAAAAGAUUCGCGCUUUGUUAAUUGAAUUAAUUUGUUGAUAUUUGGUAUUUGGUUGCGGCGACGUUGCAGUCGUCAACAGAGCCUAGCGUUUUGAGUAUGAGCAACAGUAUUAUAGAUAUGUAUUACCAGUGGAAUUGGACGGAAUUCUGUCCAACUGGCAUCAAGCCAUUUUCCAACAGUUCAAAUGAUUUACUGCCGUGCUUCCAGGAAAUUGUGCUCCAAUUUCCUGUGUACGCAAUAUUUGCAGCAAUUUCGGCAUAUAAUUUUGGCGCAUUUGUGCGUAUGGUGACAAGGAAUCCACUACAAUUGCGUUUAAUAUAUGCACGCAUAGUCAUCACUGUUGUACUAGCACUGCUGCCAGUGUGUAAGAUAUUCGUAUUUCAUCAUUAUGGCGUGCCAGUAACAGCUGUUGAUGUGCUUAUUGUGUGCGCGGAAUGCCUUAUGUGGAUUGUACAUGCUGGCUAUCUGCUGGCAGUGCGUAAAUUUGGUAUAUUAAGUCAUCGUGGUCCGCUGUAUAUGAAUGUACUUUGGCUGUCGAUCUUUGUUUUGGAUGCUAUUUGGUUGCGUACAAGUUUAAAUUAUGAUUGGUGGCCUUGGAGUUUAACUACGUUAAUAUUUGAUAUACUCUAUGCUUUGACACUUUUACCAAAAGGUAACGCCACAUUCACUCCACCACAAUUUACACGGGAUUCCGAACAUGAAGCACUGCUCGCCAAUCGCUAUACAUACUUUCAAUUUGAUUUCAAUGAAGCACAUUUGGGACAUGCACAGGAUGAAGCUAAUAUUUUGGGGCGUUUAUUUUUCAAUUGGGUAAAUCCAUUGAUUACUAAAGGUGUGUCGGGUAGCUUAAGGAAAAUUGAAGACUUAUUCGAUUUGCCUGAUUCGCUGAAUAUCGCACGUCUAAGUGAAAGUCUACAGCUUAGCAUUUCACGAACAAAAACGUUGUUCUGGGCAUUGCAUAAAUCUUUUGGACGUGAAUUUUAUGCAAUCGGUAUUUUGCGUUUUAUUGCAGAUGCAAGCGGUUUUGCUGGUCCAUUAUUAUUGGGUGGUCUGUUAAGCCAGCAGAAUGUGACAAAUGAAGAGCAAGUUAAUGCUACACCCUAUUUGUAUGCUUUUGGACUUUUUGCUACAAAUAUGCUAUCUGCUUUCUGUGGCACACAUUUUAGGUGGCGCAUGUCCAUAAUUGGUAUGAAAAUGCGUAUUGGUGUUGUUAGUGCAAUAUAUCGCAAAGCUUUGGAAGCACGCGGACUCAAAGAUUCGCGACCAGAAAUUUUAAAUCUCAUGUCAACUGAUACUGAUCGCAUUGUGAAUUCUUGCAUCAGUUUUCAUUCCUUUUGGAGCAUACCACUCCAACUCUUUACUACAUUAUAUCUAUUAUACACACAAUUAGGCGCUGCUUUCAUAGCCGGCGUAGUUUUUGCUGCAGCGCUUAUACCCAUUAAUCGUUGGUUAGCUCAACGUAUUGGCUUGUAUUCACAAGGUCUAAUGACCACAAAGGAUGCACGUUUGGCUGCUACCAGUGAAACCAUGCAUGGCGCAAAACAAAUUAAAUUGCAUGCUUGGGAGGAUAUAUUUAUUGAUAAGAUACGUUUGCUACGUAAAGAUGAGGUCAAUUAUUUAUCCAAGCGAAAAUAUUUGGAUGCACUUUGCGUAUACUUCUGGGCAACCACACCAGUAUUAAUGUGUUUCCUAACCUUUGGAGUUUCUGUAUUAAUGGGGAAUCCAUUAGUUGCUUCCACUACGUAUACAAGUGUCGCAUUAUUAAAUAUGUUAAUAGCGCCACUCAAUGCUUUUCCGUGGGUACUUAAUGGUUUGAUUGAAGCUUGGAUAUCUGUAAAACGUGUACAGGAAUUGAUUGAUUUACCCAACAUUGAUUUCUCCACAUAUUAUAAUCCAAUAAUGAAAGUUGCUCCCGUGAAACUUGAAGAAAAGCCUAUUGUCCUCCAAAUGAAGAAUGCAACUUUUGAACCGGACUCAAUUAAAUUGAAUACUGAAGCGCAAGAGAGUUUUCGUUUGGAAAAUGUUAAUUUAGAUAUAAAAAAGAACGAACUUAUAUGCAUCGAAGGUCCUGUAGGCGGUGGCAAGAGUACUUUGAUAUCAGCUAUUAUAGGUGGAAUUAAUUGUAUUGAUGGAGAAAUCUGUGUAAAUGAUUUAACUUCUGGAUUUGGUUAUGUACCACAGACGCCUUGGUUACAGCGUGGCACAAUACGUGAUAAUAUAGUGUGGGGAGCAGUGUUUGAUGAGCAAUGGUAUAAAUCUGUGCUUUUUGCAUGUGCACUAGUUGAAGACUUAGAGACGCUCGGUGGUGAUUUGGUAGGCAUUGGUGAAAAUGGGCGAACAUUAUCUGGUGGGCAGCGCGCAAGAGUAGCACUCGCUAGAGCAGUUUAUCAAGAUAAAAAGUUUUACCUGUUUGACGACAUUUUAGCUUCGGUGGAUGCACAUGUAGCACAUCAUAUCAUCAAACAUUGUAUACUGAGUUUAUUAAAAGAUAAAACACGUAUUAUUAUUACACGUAGUGUGUCAUUAUUCUUCCAUGCAAAUCAGAUUUUGCACGUUGAAAAUGGUAAAGUAAGUCUAAGUGAAUAUAUGUCGGAGAGUAUUGAUUUAAGUUUGGAAGCAUCUGAUGAAGAGGAUGCGGAAAAUGAAUUGAGAAGAAAUUCUAUCAAUUUGGAUGAAUUACAAAAUUCAGAUGAAAAGAAAAGCUUAGAUAGUAUUAUGCUUGAGGAAUCUCGAGGGUACGGUAACAUAUCAGUUUCCGUAUUUUCUUGUUAUUGGAAAGCCGUGACUACACCUUUAGUUCUGACAGUGAUUUCUCUGGUAAUCCUCAUGCAAUUGUCGCGUAAUAUGUCCGAUGCGUGGUUAGCGCAUUGGGUGACAGAUACGACAAUAAAAGUGCGCGAAAGUCUACGUACUCCAGUGAAGGAAGUAUCAAUAAAUGCCACAAUGUUGACAGCACAUUCAACAACUUACUAUUUGAGCAUCUUUGCAGCGUUGGCAUUGUCGAAUUCUGUACUAACAUUGGGUCGAGCUUUCCUAUUUGCUUAUGCGGGCAUAAAAGCAGCCAAGUUCAUACAUGAUCGUCUAUUAAACAAAGUCAUAUUUGCUAAAUUUAACUUUUUUGAUAUCACAUCGGUGGGGCGUAUUUUAAAUCGUUUCUCAUCUGAUACAUACACAGUUGAUGAUUCAUUGCCAUUUAUAAUGAACAUACUGUUAGCACAAGUGGUGGGGUUAGCUGGUGCGCUGUUUAUCAGUUUGUAUGCCAUGCCGUGGCUUUGUUUGGUUGUCAUACCAAUGGUACCUAUCUAUUUGAAUUUACAAUAUCGUUAUCGUCACGCUUCACGCGACAUCAAACGUUUAUCGAGCAAUGCUUUAUCACCGCUCUACACACACUUCACCGAAACCUUGCAGGGAUUGUUAACAGUACGCACUAUGCGUGCUAGUUCACGUUUCCAAAGAGAUUUCCAUGCCAAACUGGAAGAAAGCAUUAAGGCACAACUUACUGCAGCUGCAGCACAAUCAUGGCUUUCUUUGCGCCUGCAAUUACUAGGUGCUUUAUUAGUUGGUGCUGCUGGCUUGCUGGCCGCAAUAACCUCGGCUCAUACCACAAAUCCUGGUUUGGUUGGUUUGGCUAUAUCGUAUGCACUCUCGAUAACUGUUUUGUUGGGUGGAGUUUUGAAUUGCAUUGCCGAAACUGAACAGGAAUUAAUAGCAGUAGAGCGUGUUAAUGAAUAUUUACAAUUGGAGGGCGAACAAAAUGCAGAAGGCAGUGCUGAUCCACCAUUUGGUUGGCCAUCACAAGGUGCACUUACAUUUAAAAAUGUAGGCUUACGUUAUCGUGAGCAUUUGCCAACGGCUAUACACGAUGUUACGUUUAAGACUGAAGCAUUUGAACGUAUCGCUAUUGUGGGUCGUACAGGUGCGGGAAAAACGUCAAUUAUCGCAGCACUAAUGCGUGUUGCACCAUUAAGUGGAGGUGAAAUUACACUGGAUUGCGUCAAUUUGAAAACACUAGCUCUACGUACUUUACGUGAUCGAGUUGGUGUUAUACCACAGGAACCAUUUUUAUUCGAAGGUACCGUGCGUGAAAAUUUGGAUCCAAGACAUGUGUUUCAUGAUUCUGAAAUUUGGCAUGCACUUGCAAAUUGUUCGGCCGCAACAUUACUAGUGCAAUCGUUGGGUGGUUUGGAUGGAUGUUUGGAUAAAGGUGGUAUAAAUUUAUCUGCAGGGCAAAAACAAUUACUGUGCUUAGCACGGGCUUUGCUUAAGAACUCUAAAGUUGUGUGCGUCGAUGAGGGCACUUCUAAUUUGGAUGAUGAUUCUGAAAUAGCAAUGCAACAAUCACUACGAAAUUCCUUUAAAAGUUCAACUGUACUCUUUAUAGCGCAUCGUUUAAGUGGUCUUCAAAAUAUGGAUCGUAUUAUCGUAAUGGAAAAUGGAGAGAUAAAAGAGGAGGGAACACCACAACAACUGGCAGAAAAUGCACAAUCACUUUUCCAUGCAAUGCUGCAAGCACAGUAUAUAAAUCCUUCAGACUUUUAUGAAAGUGAAGCAUAAAAUCAUUAUUUCUAGUUACUAAAAAUAGAGUAGAGCUUUUUGACAAAAACAAAAAAAAAAUAUCAAAUUUAGUUGUUAUAUAUAAUGUAUUUAAAUAAUUAUAUAUGUAUUAAAAAAUAUUUAAAAGUAAAUGUAUCCUUUCGAGGCUGUGAGACUGCUAAUAAAAUAAAACCGAAAUUUGUUA